AUGGUUCAGUCCGCGAUCUUGGGUUUCCCCCGCAUGGGUGUGAACCGUGACCUCAAGAAGGCAACUGAGGCUUACUGGGGCGGCAAGAUCUCCCAGGAGGAGCUCCUCGCUGAGGCCAAGCGCCUGCGUCUGGCUCACUGGAAGAUCCAGAAGGACGCCGGCGUCGACGUCAUCCCCAGCAACGACUUUGCUCUCUACGACCAGGUCCUCUCACACAUCCAGGACUUCGGUGCUGUCCCCGAGCGCUACAGCAGCUCGAACCUCGACCGCGUCGAUGAAUACUUUGCCAUGGGUCGUGGACACCAGAAGGGUGGUGUCGACGUGCCCAGCUUGGAGAUGGUCAAGUGGUUCGACUCGAACUACCACUACGUCAAGCCCACUCUGCAGGACAACCAGACCUUCAAGCUCACCGCCAGCCCCAAGGCUGUCGAGGAGUUCCUUGAGGCCAAGGAGGCUGGCAUCAACACCAGACCCGUCCUCUUGGGCCCCGUCUCCUUCCUGCACUUGGGUAAGGCAGACCGUGGCCAGAAGGUCGAGCCCCUCGACCUUUUGGAGAAGCUCGUCCCUGUCUACGUUGAGCUCCUUGCCAAGCUGAAGGAGGCUGGCGCCGAGACCGUUCAGAUCGACGAGCCCGUUCUCGUCCUGGACCUGCCCAGCAAGACCAAGGCCGCUUUCAAGCCUACCUACGAGAAGUUUGCUGGCCUCGGUGACAAGAUCCCCAAGCUGGCCUUCACCACCUACUUCGGUGACAUCGUCCACAACAUUGACCUCGUCCCCAAGGACAUCUACGCUGUUCACAUUGAUCUCGUGAGAAACCCUGAGCAGCUGGACACUGUCUUGUCCCACAUCGGCUCCAAGACCAUCCUCUCGGCUGGUGUCGUUGACGGCCGCAACAUCUGGAAGACCAACCUCAAGCGCGCCAUCGAGGUUGUCGAGACCGCCGUGCAGAAGAUUGGCAAGGAGCGUGUCAUCGCUGCCACCUCCAGCUCUCUGCUCCACACUCCUCACACUCUUGCCAGCGAGAAGAAGCUGGACCCCGAGAUCGCCGACUGGUUCUCGUUUGCCUCUGAGAAGGCUGUCGAGAUUGCCACCAUCUCCAAGGCCGUCACUGAGGGCCCCGCCUCUGUUCGCGAGGCUCUGGAGGCCAACGCCAAGUCCAUCCAGGCCCGUGCUACCUCCAGCCGCACCAACGACCCCAAGGUCAAGGAGAGACAGUCCAAGAUCGUCGAGGCUGACUACAACCGCAAGUCCGAGUUCCCUACCAGAAUUUCCCAGCAGGAGAAGAAGCUCAACCUGCCCCUUUUCCCCACUACCACCAUCGGUUCUUUCCCUCAGACCAAGGAGAUCCGUCUGCAGCGUGCCAAGUUCACCAAGGGCGAGAUUACUGAGGCCCAGUACGACAAGUUCAUUGAGCAGGAGAUUGACAUGAACGUUAAGAUCCAAGAAGAGCUUGACCUGGAUGUUUACGUCCACGGUGAGCCUGAGCGAAACGACAUGGUUCAGUACUUCGGUGAGCGUCUCACCGGAUACACUUUCACCACCCACGCUUGGGUUCAGAGCUACGGUUCCCGAUGCGUCCGACCUCCCAUCAUCGUCGGUGACAUCUCCCGCCCUGCCCCCAUGACCGUCAAGGAGUCCAAGUACGCUGUCUCUGUCUCCAAGAAGCCCAUGAAGGGUAUGUUGACUGGCCCCGUCACUUGCCUGAGAUGGUCGUUCCCCCGUGAUGACGUCCACCAGUCCGUCCAGGCUGAGCAGCUUGCUCUUGCUCUCCGUGACGAGGUCGUCGACCUUGAGAAGGCUGGCAUCGACGUCAUCCAGGUCGAUGAGCCCGCUCUGCGUGAGGGUCUGCCUCUCCGUGCUGGCAAGGAGCGCGAGGCUUACCUCGACUGGGCUGUCAAGGCCUUCCGUCUCUCAACUGUUGGCGUUGAGGACGCCACUCAGAUCCACUCUCACUUCUGUUACUCUGAGUUCCAGGACUUCUUCCACGCCAUCGCCGCUCUUGAUGCCGAUGUGCUGUCCAUUGAGAACAGCAAGUCUGAUGCCAAGCUUCUCGGCGUCUUUGUUGACUCUGCCUACCCCCGACACAUUGGUCCCGGUGUCUACGACAUCCACUCCCCUCGUGUUCCCACCGAGCAGGAGAUCAAGGACCGCAUCGAGGAGAUGCUGCAGUACCUGAAGCCUGAGCAGCUCUGGAUCAACCCUGACUGUGGUCUCAAGACCCGUCAGUGGAAGGAGACCAAGGAGCAGUUGGUCAACAUGGUCAACGCUGCCAAGUUCUACCGUGCCAAGUAUGCCAAAUAA